GAGUUUUCGGUUCGAUCACAAUGAAUUUAUAUCAUCAUGAUCAUCUCGGUACUGCAGGGAUAGAUAUGUGGUCGCGUUUUUGUGAUUUGGCGGAUAAGGCUGAUAUGCUAUAUGAAAGAGAAGGAGUAUCCAAAGACCGCAAGAGUGUCUCAGAAGAAGAAAAGAAGACGAGGUUCAGUAUUUUGGUGGAUUACGUGGGUAUGUUAUGUGAUGAAGAAGAACGUCGUAUGCUUGGAUCAUCUCCCACAGAAACCAAGACUCUCUUUGAUGAUAUCGAGAAGAGCCUCUUGGAUCAUCUCCCACAAAAACCAAGGUCUUCCCUUGAGUAUUUUUUUACUAGAGUAUACACACGACGAAACAAUGAAACACUUAAUAGAGAUUCUGUUUCUUCAUCGCUCUUCAACACGGCUGAGUUUGAGAGUACGGAGACUAAAAGCCCUCCAAACCCUAAUUUGCAAUCUUCCCCGUCUUCGUGUCUAAUGGAGAACACAAAGCGCAAGAGGUAUCAGAGAAAGAGUAGUGGCAAAUCCAAGAAAGCAAAGGUUGAUCCUUUAUCACAGACAGCUAGAGAGGCGCCAGAGUGGCUUUUGGAUAUGAUGAGAAAGAUGAAAGAAGCUGAAGGCUCGAUUAGGCUGAUCUAUAGGAAGACUUUGACCGCCAGUGACGUCAAGCCAAGACAGAGCCGUCUCUUAAUACCUUUCAGUCAGUUACUCAGAAACGACUUCUUGACUCCUAAGGAGUCUCAAGCCAUAGCCAUAGAUAAAGAAGAAAAAGCCGACAACAACAAGAAUAUUGGUAUGAGAACGAUUGUCGUGGAUCAAUUUUCUAAAGAGUGGGCUUUACGUUUUAAGAUAUGUGUAAUGGAGAAGAAAAAAUCUGGAAAAGUAACCUUGAACUACGCUUUGAAUCGGGGGUGGAACAACGUCGUCAGUGGUAACAAAUUGAAAGCCGAAGACAAGAUUAGUCUUUGGACUUUCAGGUGUGGUGAAGACCUCUGCUUUGCCCUUGAGAAAGAGUAGCUCUUUUCUUUAACUCUCUCAUAUGUUUCAUUUCUAGUUGGAACAUUUUAACUUGGUUUUAUCUAGUUUUCAAUAGGCAGAGUAGAGGUUUUUGUUCGACAGUAGUAGUAGUAGUAGUUUCUUGCAAGCAAACUUAGGGUUUUACUAUGAUUGUGAUCUUACACUUUAAUGCUUUAUUAUUGCUCUUCUCUCGUCUAUCACUAUUAGUAACUUGCGCUUUCUCUUGCUUGCUCUACUUUAGUUACUGCAUCAAUAAAUACCUAUGAUUUCU